UCUUUUUCUGAUAUCCAGUUUUUGCCCUAAAUGCACUACUCCUCUCCCUCGCCCCCACCUAGCGGCUCACAUGCUCUUCACUUCCAAAGGCAUCACUUUCCUUCACUUUCUCCCUCCAAAUCUUCAGUCUUCUUCAUCGAUUUCUCCGACGGCGGGUCAAAAAGGCCCGUUUCUGCUCGCUCUUGACUCUGGUGGUCCAGAUCGCUAAGUAUGUGCAUUUGGUUGUUGUUAAUUGGUCGGCUUUGAGGCUUCAGACUUGACGAUGGAUGCUGUAAAGUUGAAUUAUCCUGUGGAUGUGGCGGCACCGAGGCUCUUGGAAUCGGACGGCGGCUUUGGUAGAGAUAGGGUUACGGUGAUGGAGGUGGAGGUGGAGGCAGAGACUUGCGAGUCUAAUCGUGAGCUCUGCAACUCUUUGCUGAGUGAAAAAGGUGCAACAAGCUCAGCUAAUUUUGCAGAGUCAACGCCAACUGUUAAGGUUCCAGAUCCUGAACUUUGUCGGCAAACUAUUCAUGUAUCCAGCUUUCCUAGCGAUGAUGUGUCUAAACAACACAACUGUCGCGGUGUAAAUGGUCCUCCGUGGAUUCCUAGGCCUGAAGAAGUGCAAUUUACAAAAAAAGCAGGACAAGUGUCAAGAGGUGGUAGCGGGUGUUCUAAAAGACCGCGAACAAUUCUAUUGGAAGAUGCGAAUUGUCCAGUAGCAUUCGAUGAAACAAAGAAUCCAUCCAAUAAGCUAGGAUCACAACCCACAAAAUGUGACUCUCCUGAUAAAACUCAAUUGGCAAAACAAAAGAACCACUUCAGUGGAAAACGAGGGGAUAGGAGAAAUUCCAAAACUUCCACGAAGAGUAGAUAUGAUUCCUUUUCUGUAAAGGCAAGUUUGGCGAGCUUAAAUUCAGCUGCCUCAGGGAACAACUUCUUUGGAUUAUAUGGUCUGAAGACAGAUGUCCAUGACAUCACAAAACUUGUAGAUAAUUUAUCAUUGAAUGAACUUCUUCAAGGCACUUACAAGUGUCCUAGCUUAGGCAAAGAGAAGGAAAAGAUAGCAACAAAUACAAUGGAAGAUAUUCUGCAUUCAGUUAGAAAGGCUUGUUCUAUUCUUCAGCUCUCUAGGUCUGCGCAAUUCCAAAAUUUUGCUGAGGUAGAUAGCUUUUCCAAUGAGAAAAGCCCCACGUGCCAAGUUACCUCUAUUCCUGUUGUGAAUGGAGAUAAUUGUGAUUCAUCUACAACAAAUCUAUCUUUCUCCAACAAGAUACAGGAUUCUUGCAGUCAGUUUGAAACUCCCACGAAUUUGCUCGAUGUUUCAUUCAACCAACCUAAAGAUACAUUAGAACGUUUAGCACUUCCUCCACCCAAGGAUUUGGAGACUUUGCUUAUGGAUGCAGCCAAGCCUACUGUAUCUUCAAGGAAUGCUCCUGAUCCACGUCCAGGCAAGCAAGUAUCUCGUCGACCUAGCUUGCCCUCUUUUCCAUGGUCGAACACUUUUAAUGGGCAUUGUAGAAACAAUUCUGAUGCAGUUAAGCUUUUAGCAAGUAGGAGCACAUGUCAAGGUCGAUGGGUAAAAAUAGGGAAAUCUUUCAAUUCACUCGGGACUGCCUCUAAUAGUUUUGUAAACUUGGAGUCCUUUGCUUAUGAUGGGACCCUAGUUCCUGUAUCCGGACCAAAGCUGGACUUCCUGGAAACUAGCAAUAUUGCUUCAUCUACGUCUGCUACUCAUUGCGAGUGGGGUUCAUCACUAGCAGCAGCUUCUAUGACAUCCCAUACUCCUCAGGGCAGUACUUCCAUUAAGGAAUCUGCUGGUGACCUGAAGAAUCAAGAAAGAGUUGACCGUUGUCCAAGACUAUUGGCAGCUGCUCAAACCUUGUAUGACAUUGCCACUUAUACAUCAAGGCUAAACCAAGAUGGAACAAAGUGGCCAAAGAAGCCUUCACAGAAGGCUAUGAGAGCUCGCAAAUCAAAAUCAAUUGAGAAACCUGAAGAAGUACUUGCAUCAACUUCGACAGGGGGGUCUGAUCAUACGGCAAGAAAUGGGGCUGACCCAGCAUUGAUCUCAAAGAGGCCUAGACUCUCAACUAUUGAGAAUAAGAAGGAUCUUGUACAUAUCAAUGGUGUGCGUAAAGGUCCGGUAAAUUGGUCCACACCUAAAUCAAGUAGAUCAUCGCCUAACAAAGCAGCGAAGGAGUUGACUGCCUACGUUGUAAAGCAAUCAUGUAUGAUGCCACCACCUGCGAAAGUAAUGAAUAGAAACAGCAAUGGCCAACAAAAGGUACGUAAGCUAAUGCGAAUGGAUUGGAACCGAGAAAGUGAUAGGCAGGACUGAUAAUAUGCCUCCUAAUUCUUGUGAUUUCUCAGUGCUGGUGCUGCGCAUGACCUGCCAAGCUGUGUUGAUGUAUAUAGUAAGAAGGGGGGGG